ACCGCCGCAUUUCUAGCGCUCUAUUUUUACCGGCCCGCGCUCUCACACCAUUGCACGCGAAUCGAGCACUACGAGCUCAUUAACGGGACGACGGGGAUGGAAUCUGGUAAUGGUUGAGUAGUUACCUGUUUUGCAGCGAAGAAGCUGGGUUUCAUAACGUUUUAUGUGUCGGUCACUGUCGAAAUAAGCUAGAUGAGGUAUGGCGGUAUGCGCGGUGUGGGUGCGCGUGGGGAGGCGCCUGCGUGAAGCCUGCAGGAGCGACGUGGAGCGGCGCAGGGCGAGCCGGCGGAGUGGGCACUGGGGCCGGGGCGCCAGCCGCACACGUGCCGCGGAGCGAUGGCCAGAGGGCCUCUCAGACUUGUUGAGGUCUCAACACCUUACAUUGUUACAUAUCUAACUGGAAACAGGGAUUUGUGUAUUUUCAGCAAUUUAUUUGAUUAUUUCUAUGAGUGAAAUAUAACAAAAUAGACAUUUUUAAAGCAAUUUAUAGAGGACUAUAAUAGGUUUUGAAUUGAAAUUACGAUAUGCAUUUUGUGUUUGAAUGAAUAUUACAUUUAUGAUAAGUUGCCGGUUAAUGUGUGUAUCAAUAAAAUAGCAAAUUAUUUCAAACAUGAAUUCAUCAAGCAGCAGCAAUUUUGGAACAGGCCCACCGAAUUCACCGCUGCCUUUGUUAACGUCAAAAUCCUGGAAAAAAUAUAUGAAAGCAUAUUAUAACUUCGCCUUAUGGAAAAAAAGAAAAGGAGUGAAAUCUUUUUCGGAACCUGUGUUUUUGGCCUAUUUUAAAGAAUUGGCCAAAUCUAAGAAACCCUCCACUCUUUGGAGCACAUACUCAAUGCUCAAGUCGACAGUCGGCAACAAAAAUGGAAUUAAAAUGGAAAACUACACAAAAUUGAUAUCAUAUCUAAAGAAAUGGUCUAGAGGACAUAAAUCAACGACAUCUGAAGUAUUUUCUGUAGAAAAUAUAAAUACGUUCAUAAAAGAGGCACCAGACAAAGAAUUUUUAGCCAUAAAAGUAGCUUUGAUUUUCGGAAUAAAAGGAGCUUGUCGUGCUAACGAACUCUUGAAUAUUACGGUCAAUGAUGUCAAAAAGCAGUCUGAUCAGUUGCUGUUUGUUAAGAUGACCGACUCUAUAACCAAAAUGGACCGAUCGUUUACCGUUCCCGACGAGUACAAAAGCAUUGUAGAGAAAUACCAAGCACUGCGACCUAAUAACGUUGAAAACAAUCGAUUUUUCAUACGCUAUCAAAAUGGUAAAUGCUACAAACAUGUGAUAGGCAAGAAUAAGUUUUCUAGCAUGCCACAAGAAAUCGCUAAUUACUUGAAAUUACCUGAUAGCAAGCUGUAUACUGGACACUGUUUUCGAAGAACGGCGGCUGCUCUGCUAGCAGAGUCUGGAAACGCACCUAGUAAUAAACAGAAAAAGCGACAUGGAGAACGUAAAUCAAGUAAAACCACAAAAGAGCUCCGGAAAAAAGAUUCUACGAAGAAAAAGGCGAAAAAAAAUGCCUGCCCAACUGAAAAUGUUCAAUUAGAUUUAGAUACAUUAGAUGACGCGCUUUUUUCGCCAUCUUCAUCAUAUUUACCAACUUUACAACAGCAGGAACCAUCAACUGCCCCGCUUCUUGAAUAUCUCUCUUAUCAACCGGAGCCUAUAAUUGAUUCAUAUACGCAAAAUAAUAACGUUACUACAAUGUUUAUUCCUAAUAAACCUAUAACAAUAAUGAUCGAGAAUGGCACAAAUGUCUCUAAUAUAAAUAUAAUAUUUUAGUUUUUAAUUUAUUGCUACAUACUUACUGAAUUACUAAUUAUAAAUAACAGUCACCUACCGUUUUAUGUGAAUAUAUUGAUGAGUGCUUUGUAUACAAAAGCGCCUCAUAUUUUCUUGUAAUUUAUAAAACUCGUUCGCAAAACUUACAUUUGGUAAGACCGCUGCACCCUAUUAAUUCCUUGCUGCUCCUUUCAUCAUCAUUAUUACCUUGCCUUCAUGCUAUUAUUUAGUCUGCGUAUAUAUCUUACUAUUCCUUUAUUUCUUCAAAACUAGAUCCGUGAUUUUUCCAAAUUAUAGAUACGUAUAAAUAAUGACCGCGUCAACUUUAAAAACGUAGGUAUCUAUAUGGUUAUGUUAUACACUUCUGUAACUUCGCUCUGCUGAAUUAAAUGUCUACAAGCAUCUCUCUUUUUUAUCAUUUACUAGCUACCCGCCCCGGCUUCA